GGCGUGGGCGUGCUGCGGUACACAAAUCGAUGCCUUCAAGCGACGGUGGAUGACGCCGUUUCAAUUUUAGCCUAAUUACUGCACUAUUAACGCAAAUAAUCGUCAUUUAACAAAUUUAUAUCAACUAAAUUACACAGUAGAAAAAUGUCCAACACAGAGCAGCCAGAGGAAGACGCAGCGGACUUGCAAUUCCCAAAAGAGUUUGAGAACGCAGAAACUUUGCUUAUAUCGGAGGUUCACAUGCUGCUCGAGCACCGGCACCAGCAGAACGAAACUGCCGAAGAGGAGCAAGAGUUGUCCGACGUCUUUGUCAAAACGCUCACCUACACCAACAGAUUCCGCAAAUUCAAAAACAAGGAAACGAUCGCCAGCGUCCGCAGCAUGCUGGCCCAGAAAAAACUGCACAAGUUUGAACUUGCUUCCCUGGCCAACCUGUGCCCCGAAACCCCUGAAGAAGCCAAGGCCCUGAUUCCCAGUCUGGUCGGUCGUUUUGAGGAUGAGGAGCUGAGACAGAUGCUGGACGACAUCCAGACAAAGAGGAGUCUGCAGUAUUGAACAACACACUUCUAUUUAUUUUCAUAAAAGUGAAGUUGAAAAACAAACAAACUGACUCUCGGUGGUUUCCGAUCAGUUCGAAACCAGAGGAAGCCACUCCACCUGAAAUGGAAAAUUUAUUUCAGAUAAUCAAUAAUAAGCGUAAUUUUAAAAUCAUGUACUGGGAAA